CAGUAUCCACUGAAAUAUUUUACGCAGUCUGGUGUCAGAUACGAGAGAUCGCUCUUAUUACUUGUCAUUUCAAUUUUACGAGUGUCAGAAAAGGUUUCCAUAAGUGAAAAAAAAUCUCCAAAUUCGCCAACAUAAUCCGCGGUCAACGUCCAGGUCGCGAAUUUCCAGUGUUGAGUCCGCGACGUAUUCAAAAUGUUCUCUGGCCUUACGAAUCAAGUGUCUACUUGGAUAGGUAAGAAAGGCGAGGAUGACUCCGUUGUGCCAGAGGAAAAAGUCGGAUCUCCUGGUGCCGGUGGUGAUUUAGAUGCAGAAAAAAAAGAUAACAGUCAACAGGGAGGAGGCAGUAAACUUGAAAUGCUGGCAGGUGUGAAGUCCCAGAUGACCGGCUGGCUGAGCGGAGGGAUUCCUGGUUUAGGUCGUGGAGCAGCUGGCCCCAAUGAAGGCGAUGCCCCAGUGUCGGGGGAAAUAAAUGAUAACGAAGUAGCAAGGGAUUCUGCUCAAGGUGUAACAACAGAUAAUGUAAAAGAUGAUGAUGCAAGCAGGUGGGUUGCUGGUGCCACCGGGAGUGCUGACAGUGGUCCGGCCAGUCUCGAGGGAACGCCUACGGAAGAUAAGGACGGACAGCAAGCGUUUGGAGCUGUUUCUACGAAAGCUUUGGCAGGAGCGAAGAGUCUUGGCGGAUUUUUAUACAGUGCCGUAAACAAAGCAGGAAAAUCGGUCGUCGAAGCUAGUGCAAAAAUCAAGAAGACAGUUGAAGAAAAUAGACUGAUAGCUGAACUAAACAAGGAACAAGAUGCUUUUAUCGCUGCCAAACCAAGUGAAAAAGGUGAAGCUGUUGCUCCAUGGGUGGGUGCACCAAAUGAAGAUGCAUUACGCGACGAAUGUCUAGCCCUUUCAACCGAUAAACGCAAUUUUGUGAGAGCACCACCUCCAGGCGUUGAAUUUACAUGGGAUUUCGAGGCUGUUCAGCCGAUGGCACAAGCAACUCUUGCCUUAGACCCUAACUUGGAACAAAUGAGGUUCGAGCUGGUUCCCAAAGUAAUAUCGGAAGAAAACUUUUGGCGUAAUUACUUUUACCGAGUAUCCCUCCUUCGACAAAGUCAUGAACUUAAUGCUAUGGCGAGCCAAGCAGAAAGUAAUCCCUCUCAAACUCUUACAUCUACUGGUAGCAUCGACCAAACUCAAGCCUAAAAGAAGAGGAGAAUCCCGUGUACCAUUAUCCAAAGCACAGUCCUCUUUUCUUCGAAACGACAUCGUUUUAGCGAUUAUCGAGUUUUAUUUUGCACUUAUUUCCUCAGCUAGUCCCAUUCUCUUUUGUUCUGUUUACUUACUCAUAUUUUUGCUCUCGGAUUUUAUUUUCAAUAUUUUUUUUUUGUCCUUUCAUCGAUAAAUAGUUAUUCGUGAUUAAUUUUGAUUUUUCUUUCAUUUUUACGAUUGUGACACGAUCGGGUCAGAUAAGGUCGAAAAGCUAGACAAAGUUUAAGGACCUUCCUAGUCGAAAAAUUUGGAUUAUUGACGUUCAGGAUUAUAAUUGUAUAAUAUUUACAACUUUAGAAAAUACAUUUUUAGCCACGAGUGCUGCAUUUAACAAUAAUAAUUAAUGGAAUCAUUACUCGAAAGCACGCGCGCAUCAAUAAGGAAUACAAAAUAAAACAAAACAAGAUAAAUUACAUUUGACUAUCUGUCCGUCUGUCUGUCGCUGUCGUCUCUCUGUCUGUCCGUCUGUCUGUCAUCUAUACUUAUCUUGUCACUUUAUUCUCUCCGUGUUGUAAAAGUUGUAAAAAUACAUAUAAUACCGAAGAUUAUUAUAUAAAAGAAAAUAAAUAAAUAAAAGAACAAACUAUAACUUAGAAUAUUAAAUUCGUUGAAUGACAAUACGUGUUUACGGGAUAAUAAAUGUCACGAUUGUAUAUUAAAUAGACUUCGUGCGCGAAGAUCGACAAAAAAAUAUCAAUGCUGGCUAUAAUAAUAAUAAUAAUAAUAAUAAUAAUAUAAUAAUAAUAUUAAUAAAAAAAAGAACGCUCGGUUUGUCGAAAAAAUAGCUUAAUCGCAUUUUUACAGUUUGAAAAAAAAAUAAUGCCAAAGCGUGAGAUUUGAUUUCUUUUUUGGACUAUGCUCUAAGCAAAGUUAAUAUCUAACAACUAUUUCCUGUCAUUUUAUUUUCAAUUCGAUCUUUUAGGAUUGCUAUAGAUACCUAAUACAAUUUUUACUGACCCAAAAAAUUUUUCUUAACAUUAUUAAAAAAUAGUAAAAAUCAGUAACAGUUGCAGUAUAAAAUUUAUGUAAGAAAUAAGAGAAGUACCUAGUUAUAAUAUUUUUUUGAGCCAGUAAAAUUUGUCAUGAUUAUUAAAAUGUCGAGAGUUUAUCGUUCGUUAAAUAAAGACGAGUUAACAUAAAAAUAAUCACAAGAGAGAAAGGUAUAAGUGUGAGGAAGAAACUGCAGGCCUAUCUACUUCUUAAAAAAAUGCAGAAGAAAAAUAAUGAUAAUAAUUCGCGCGCAGGACGUGCUUGCAUUUUUAGCAAUUAUUUUAAAAAGUACGGUGCAAAAAUUAUGAGCUAAAUUUUGCAGCCCUUGUGUUGAAAUGUUUCCUUCUUUAAAAUUUUUAAAAACCUCUCGAUAUAAAGCUUUUUCCGGAGAUUAUACAAAAAGAUUCAGAGAAAAUUGUAGAAAUUAGAUCAAUCGGGAGAUUUGCACGGAAUUUUUUUCUUUGUAAUAUUUAUUUUAUUUUUCGGAUUAAGAAGACUAUAGGUAUUCAAAAAAUGUUAAAAUUGUUUUAACAAACAUACUUGAAAUAUAAUUAUAAAAUCGUUAAUAAUUUGAAUAAUAAUUUUGGGGGAAAUGAAAUUAUUGUAAGAUUUUUUGAUACACUUUCCAAAGUUUCGUUGCAAUGUCUCGCGUUUUUCAAAUUUCAUGACGACUCGUGUUAUUCCUCUUGAUAUUAUCUUUCUCAAUGAACAGUCAAUUAUUAAUCGUUGUUAAUCUGUGAUUCGAUGGAUAAAGAGUUUGUGCGUUCAGGCGAUUUUGCUUUUAAACGUAGAUGUGCUGAAUAUUAUCAAGUAGAAAAAAAUGAGGUCUCUAUAUGUUUGAUUUGCAGAAGCAAAAAUCAAAGAAUUGUUGGAUUAUUCAGUUUUAAAUUGAUAAAUUAUUGAAAAAUUAGGCAAUAAAAUGAUAUAAUAUCUAAAAAUUGAUAAUUCAAGUUGGAAAAGACCAACAAUUCUUUCCUGAAUCGAUCUUAAGAUUGAAGUUUUGGUCUUUUGCGUGUCGCUUCUCGUUUUCGUCAUAUAUUUUUCUUUUUUGGCAGUGACGUUCAUUUUGUUUCUUUCUUAUUUUGAGUUGCAUUAACUAGCGAACAUUCAUCCUCUACAUUGCCACAAACACAAUAUGCACAACAUACAUUCGUACACAGAAAUAAA